AUGGCUGACCCCGUGGAGCCUCAGUCUCCCCUGGCCCAGGAGCCGGGCACUGCCUCACCCCUGGACCUGCCGGAGAUGGAGAAGCUCCUCACCAAGGUAGAGGCCAAGGAUGACAAGACCCCAAAGCUGUCCAAGUCCCUCUCGGGGGCCCUGGACCUGGAGCAGAAUGGCCACGGCCUGCCCUUCAAGGUGAUAUCCGAGGCACACCUGGAGGCUCCACCCUCCCGGUCCCAGUCUCGGGCCAGCUCGAGGCGGGCAUCCUCCAUCGUCACCGCCUCCUAUGCCCAGGACCGAGAGGUCCCCAAAGAUUACCUCAUUCUUGCCAUCGCCUCUUGCUUCUGCCCCGUCUGGCCCCUCAAUCUCAUCCCCCUCAUCUUUUCUAUCAUGUCUCGAGGGAGCGUGCAACAGGGAGACCUGGACGGUGCUCGGAGGCUGGGCCGCCUGGCCCGGCUGCUCAGCAUCACCUUCAUCAUCCUGGGGAUCGUCAUCAUCAUCGUGGCUGUGACGGUCAACUUCACAGGUGAGGCCCAGCCACACGGAGGGGUGCCCGGCUCCCUGGGCCAGGGGUGUUCAGAAGAAUUAAAAUUAUCCAGGGAGCUGUCCCAGCAGACGCAGCCCUGGCGGCUGGAGAGCUUGGAUGCACCCACCACCCACCACGCGAGGACGGGCUGGAGUCCCCCAGGCCCCGGAUGGGAGAACUCCUGGGCCCAACCCGCCGAGCUCAGCCAGUGUGGAGGGCCAGGGCCUGAACUCCCGUCCUGCCCAGGCCUAGGGUUCAAGCUCAGGUCCCCAGGCAGAGUGGCUCAGAGAGCACAGGCUCCCGGCUCCCAGCCCAGCCCCAUUGGGUGCUCUGACUGCCUGAUGCUCUACAUCUGCCUGGUGGAGGCUCUGCUGCAGGGCCUCUCCUGCUCCUGCCUCACCCCCCUCCCCAAACGGCUUCAGCUCCCAGACCCUCAGGGAAGGAUGCUCCAGGCUUUCCUGCCCUAUUAG